AUGGAACAUCAAAUUAAUACCGAUGAAUCUGAACCUGAAAUUCGCUCAAUUAAUGAAACCACACAAUACUAUGAUAAUGUUACAGCCAAUAAUACUAGUAUUGAAACAGAGAAGUUAAAUGAAAAGCGAAAAAAUUAUUUAAGCUGGGAUGAUUUUUUUAUGGCAACAGCAUUUUUGGUUGCUAAACGUAGUAAAGAUCCAGUAACUCAAGUUGGUGCAUGUAUUGUUACUCCAGACAAAAAAAUUGUUGGCACAGGAUAUAAUGGAAUGCCUAUUGGAUGUGACGAUGAUAAAUUUCCAUGGGGUAAAAAUAAUCCAUCAAAGUUAGAAAACAAAUAUUUCUAUGUAUGCCAUGCUGAAAUGAAUGCUGUAUUAAAUAAAAAUUCUAUGGAUGUACGUAAUUGUACCAUAUAUGUGGCACUUUUUCCAUGUAAUGAAUGUGCAAAAAUAAUUAUCCAAUCAGGUAUUAAAGAAGUAGUGUAUUUGUCAGAUAAGUAUAGCUUCAAACCGGAAAUGAUUGCCUCUAAAAGGAUGUUUAAAGCAUCAGGUGUAUCUUUCAGACAACACACUCCAUCUAAACAGCAAAUUGUACUUGAUUUUUCAGAAAUUAAUUCAAAUAUGACACAAAUGCCUAGUACCCCAGACAAAUCAAAUUAUAAAUAG